AAACUGUCGGAGUGGACGCCAUUUUGAGCUCAUUUUUCCACGCCGCCACGGUGCACGAUCAGCGCGCUUUGCUACGAUUAUCUACAGGGAGACGCGUUGUUUGUAUUUUACAUUUCGAAACGAUGGCUGAUCCAUCGACCGAGACUGGGACUCCGGAGGGCGCCGAGGUUCGCAAACUAGCGGACCUGAGAGUUAUCGAUUUGAAGGCCGAGCUGAAGAGACGAAACCUGGACACCGUUGGCGUCAAGAGCGUCCUGUCGGAGCGCCUGAAAAAGGCUAUCGAGGAGGAAGGGGGAAACCCUGACGCAAUCGUUCUUUCAGCGGAGUUGGCGCCGAAAAAAGCCACGCCAAGACGGGCUGCAAGAGAAAUGAUGCAGGGCUGCGAUGAAAAUGAGGACUGCAACUUGGAAGAUGAAUCCCGUGAUGGUCAUGAUGAACAUGAGAACAUCCAGGAUAUGGAUAUCCUUGACAUGAAUGUGCUGGACGAGGCUGACAAUGACAACGCAUUGCCGGAACAGGAUGUAGAUGAGCUGGGGAAUUUAAUUGACGGCGAGGAAGAUGAGCACCUGGAUGACGACGACGUAACGAUUGACUCUGAAGAUGAAGCAAGACAGCUGGAUGACUCAGGAGGGCUGGAAGAUGAUAUGUUGUGCUCUUCAAUUUAUGUGACAGCAGAUGCUGAUGAGCUAUUGGCAGAAACAGAACAUGACAAAGUAGCUGGGUCUUGUUUAUCUGAGCCGCUUUUCGAAGACCGCCACCUGAGCCAGGAGAUGAGCGCCGAUGAAGAACAGGCUGCCUCCACCGGCGGGGAAGACAUUGUGUUCACCGAAACGGGAGCCAAAGCUGAUGUGGAAGGCGACCGGGAUGCUCUUGAGAUGGACUCCACGGAGGCCGGGGAUGCGGAGAAGGUCCCAGAAGAGACAUUGGACAGUGAAAAGGGCUCACAAGCUGUUAGUGUAAACGAACAGGACGUUGGGGUUGAAAGUGUUGGUUCAGAAUUGGGGUUUAAGAAGGGGGAUGAGGAUGAGAAGACAGAAGAGAAUGCGACUGCGGAUUCAGCCUCGGCAGUGAAAGAGUCGUCCUCUGUAGAGGGCGAAGAUCAGAAUAAGAGUUCUGAUGACAAAGAUGCUAAGGAUGAGUCUAAGGAUGAAAAGGCCACUGCAAGUGCUGCUGCAGGCAGCAGGAAUCUGUGGGUCAGCGGGCUCGCUUCCACUACCAGGGCGACCGAUCUGAAGACGCUCUUCAGUAAACAUGGCAAGGUUGUUGGCGCCAAGGUGGUGACCAACGCUAAGAGUCCCGGCGCCCGCUGCUAUGGCUUCGUCACCAUGUCCUCCACAGAAGAGGCCACCAAGUGCGUCAGCCACCUUCACCGGACUGAGCUCCACGGGAAGAUGAUCUCUGUUGAGCAUGCUAAAAAUGAGCCUGCGGGCAAGAAGCCAGCUGACAAGACUGAUGCCAAGAAGUCUGGCGGUGAGCGGAGACACUCCACUGACUCCAAGUCUGGAAAGGAUGAGGGAGAAGGAAAGGAUGGCAAAGGGGACGAGAGGACCGUAGUCAUGGACAAGUCCAAAGGGGAGCCUGUCAUCAGUGUCAAGGCCAAAAGCAAAGAGCGCAGCUCAAAGAGUCAGGACCGCAAGUCGUCCAGUAAGGAGAGGAAAGACAUCCUGUCGUUCGACCAGAUCAAGGAGCAGCGCGAGCGCGAGAGGCAGAGGCAACGGGAGCGGGAUAUGCGAGAGAUGGAGCGACGCAGAUACAACGAACGUGGGCAGGAUGGACGGCCGGACCGAGAGCGUGAACGAAUCCGCAUGUUUCGUGAGAAAGAGGAGCGGAAACACUUGAUAAAGAAGAGACACUGGCUAGAGGCUGAGAAAGAGCGCCUGAAUGUGGACCGCAUGGAGCGCCAGUUCCUGGAGCGGGAAAGGAUGCGCAUCGAGUUCGAGAGGCGUCGGGAGCAGGAGCGCAUCAUGAGAGAGCGCGAGGAGCUCCGGAGGCAACAAGAGCAGCUUCGCUACGAGCAGGAUCGGCGCCCCAUGAAGAGGCCUUACGACAUGGACGGCAGGAAGGACGAUUGGCCUGACAAGCGCUUGAACAUGGACGACCGGUACAACCGCUCUGACUUCGGCCGGCAGGAUCGUUGCCAGGACUUUGACCAAAGGGAGCGAGGGCGGUACCAGGAUGACAUGAGGGGCGGCGGUCGUGGCAUGGGAGGAGACAGAGAUAGUCUGAAUUUCAACGACAGACACGGCCGAGACUCCUGGGGCGGCGGAGGCUAUGACAAGCGCAUGAACAGGGAUGGAGCCCGAGACUGGGAUUCUGGUCGGAAGAUGGAUGGGGACCGGCCGUGGCAAGGUCGCGAUGGUGGUAUCCCGGGCUCAAGCCACAUGGGGGGACGUGGUGGUAUGGCAGGUCGCGGAGGCUAUAUGAACUCAUCCCAGUCUCUCUCGGGGGCGCUCAAUCGACAAAACCAAACGAUGCAGGGCGGAGCCUUCAAUCGACGCUUCUGAACUUUUGUCUGGAAACAACAAAACAACACCGUCUCUCUUUUAAAAACAACAACAAAAAGUCCACAAGGGAAGGUUUUGACCAUUUUGUAUUGUUUCUUUUUAUUGGGAUUUCUUUCCUUUUGGCGAUGUUCUUGUUUCAGUGUGGUAGUGGUCACUCGCGUGUCUUUUUUUUGUCAUUGUAAAUUGAAAUGUUUUAUAGACACAUGGUUGAUGGACCUAACCCUCACCCGCAUUUCAUGCUCAGCUUUCACUUUUGCGUCUCCACCAAGCUGAAGCAAUUAUUUUUUUUUCUUUUUUUGUGGGCAACAGCUUUGUCUCAGUCAAGUUACAUCCUAAUUGUAAUCAGCUCCUCUAAGCCUUUUAAUUAUUUCCAUCCCAACGAAAAAUGUUUACAGUUGUUCUUGAUUGUGUGAGAGACUGGUAAUAAAUGGUUUGUAAUUGAAA